CGCCCCGCGCACGGCUGCCGCUCGGGCGGGACCCAGGCUGGACCGCGGGCCCCGGCCUGGGGGAACAGCUGCUACCGCCGCCGCCACCUCGUCUUCUCCACGUCCCCGCCACGACCCGCGUCUCCUCGCCUCCCUCGGGUCCGCGGCCGGGGUCCCGCCCCGCCGCCCAAGCCCUGCGCGGAUGCCGAAGGUGAAGGCGCUGCAGUGCGCCCUGGCGCUGGAGAUCCGCUCUGUAACUUGCCCAGGAGUGGUGCUGAAAGACAAGGAGGACAUCUAUCUUAGCAUCUGUGUGUUUGGCCAAUACAAAAAGACACAAUGUGUCCCAGCCAAUUUUCCACUGGUCUUCAAUGCCAGAAUGGUGUUUGAAAAGGUGUUCCCUGAAGCAGUAGACCCUGGAGAUGUGGUUGCACAGCUUGAAUAUGAUACAGCAUUGUUUGAGUUGAUUCAGCUAGUUCCACCAGUGGGUGAAACACUGUCUACAUAUGAUGAGAAUACACGAGAUUUCAUGUUCCCGGGUCCAAAUCAAAUUUCUGGACACCAUGACUCAAACCGCCAGGUUACCAUGAGGAGGAUUUCUUGCCUUCGCGGAAUUGCUCCAAAGCUGGAAUUUUCUACAACCUCAGUGAUUACUGAAUGUCUGAUAAGUUCAAGGAAGUGCCACACUCAGGAUAAAUUUAUUCACCAUACGGCUCCAGUUGAAAAAUCACACAGCAGACUGCAAACCAGAACACCAAGGUCACAAAAGAAAAAAUCCAAGUCACCUGAGAGAAAUAAAUAUUGCAUAAAUGCAAAAAACUACGAACAGCCUACAAUUUCUUCAAAAUCACACUCUCCAUCUCCUUACACAAAAAGACGCAUGUGUGAGCUAUCUGAAGACACUAGGCGGCGGCUGGCCCAUUUAAAUCUGGGCCCCUAUGAAUUCAAAAAAGAAACAGAUAAACCUCCAUUUGUGAUUAGACAUGUUGAUCCCCCAAGUCCCAGGGCUGAUGCUUUAUUUGGAUCUUCUGGCAGAGACUGUGAAAGAGAUGGAUGGUCCAGGCUGCACAAUGAUCAUUCUCACCUUGGCUGCUACCGACCCAAGGAUUAUAAGGUCAUCAGAACACCUCAUGGGAGAGACUUCGAUGACUCUUUGGAAAGAUGUGAUGACUAUUUGAGUUCAAGGUCAUGUAGCAAGCCCCAGCAUUCAUCCAGGACCUUACUCGUUCAUUCAGCACCCUCUACAAUACCGAAGCAUUCUCCAAGCCCUGUGUUAAAUCGUGCUUCUCUCAGGGAAAGAUUCCAUUCUGAUUGGUGUUCACCUUCAAACUGCGAUGAGAUCCAUGACCGGGUAAAGAAUGUCUUGAAAUCACAUCAAGCUCAUCAGAGACAUUUAUAUGAUGAGAGAGACCCAGAGAAAGAAGAUGAACUGGAACUGAAAAGAGGCCUUUUAUAUAGAGACUCUGCCUAUGACAGUGACCCAGAGGAUAGCUCAUGUCAGCAGCCACGUGGCACUGUCCAUUUGGAUGAUGGCGAAUACUGGUCCAACAAGGCAGCCUCUUAUAAAGGAAAAUCCCACCGACCCACCUUUGAGAACAGCAUGGACAAGAUGUACAGGAACUUAUACAAAAAGGCCGGUAGUUCUGUUUCUCGUACACAGGAAAGCUGCUGAGACCAGUGGUGAUAACCUGUAUGAGUGUCCUUGUCAACUUCUCAAUGAAAACAUUUGAUGUGAUCAGUAUCUGUAUUCCUUUUCUUUUAAGCAGGUGGUUCUAAUUGAGUACAGUAGUUAGACUUGAAUAAGUUUAUUACUUCAAAUGAUAAAUUAUCAUGGGCAAGCCUUCUUUUUCCAAUCACAGUAAAGAAUGCUAUAUUCUAAAAGUCAAAGCUCUGCAACACAAUCGCAACCUCCAUUCUGAUUCUGAGAAGGCUGUUCUGUCACAUCUCUCUCAUAUCACCAGCUACAAAUCCAAACACAGAUUCUCUCUAGAAAUGUUCUUCUGCCUUAAUCACCUUGUAAUUUUCUUUUCACCUACUUGACCGGUUAUCUUGUCUAAGAUUUAAUUAUUAUUAUUAACUCCCUUUUCUUGGUCAUGAGCAAAAAGAUACACUGUACAAAGAUGAAUUUCCCAGGAGUUUAAACCCUGUUUUAACUAGUAUUUUCUACCGUUUGCUCCCUCAGAAAAUGUUAUUGAUAUGUCUUAGCUCCUAAGAUACAGCUUUCUUUUUAAAGUUUCUAUAAUCAUUCACUCCCUCUUUUUAAAAAGAACUACCUAGGUUACUUAAAAUGCUUAACAGUUAGCUAGGAAUAGGAAUGGCCAUGGGUGAUCCACAAUGUGAAUAACUGAUUUUUAAAGACAGAAUUUUUUGCAUGAUUUUCUUCUAGAGCCAUAUCUUUGGUGCAUCCAGAAUCAGAAAAUAGCCUUUGUUAAUAAGCCUGUAGAGACUCAGAAAGAAUAAGGGACUUAUAUUGUAAUUUCAUCUCUUUAGAGUUUUCAUAGGUAUCAAAUAGCCCAAGAAAGUAGCAUCCUUACUUUAAAGGACACUUGGAACCAUAAAGGGGAGGAAAAUAUUAGAGCGUAACUCUUUGUACUAGAAAGUUGUUAGUUGAUAAAAUUAGCUUCUCCCCCACGCCCCAAACACACCUGUGAGGCAAGUGAGGCUUUGAAGAUAUGAAGAAAUCAGUUACCUUGUAUUUACCAGAGUGAGUGGAAGAAAAGCAGAGAAUAGGAAAUGGUAAACUUGGCUUAUAAACUUGAAGAGUUGACUACAAGGUAAUGUUUUCUCAUUGACUCCAUCUUUGGUUAAUUUUAUAGUUAUGAUCUUAAAAGAAAAAACUUGAGUUAAACUCUAUUUAAAUUGGAAUCAGCAUGUAAAAUUGGGUGAUUUAUUUUUGUAAUAGGAGAAAAUACGUAAUACUUGUUAUCCAAUAAUAAGACUUUUUUACUUUG